AUGAAGUUAGUAUUAAUAAUAUUGGUAUUAUUAAUAGUAACAAACAAUUGCAUUGCAAUUUAUAAUGAUGAUUACUAUGGAGAUUGCAAUUAUAUAAAUCAAGAUCAAAACAGUGAACCAUUAACCAUUUACAUUUUAACAUUUAGCAAUAAAACAAAUAAUAUCUUUAUAUCAAGUAAUCAAAUCAAAGACAACUCAACCACAACUUUAUUAUAUAGACAAAAUAAAAAAAAUUUUAAUCAGUUUGAAUUUAUAACAAUAGCAAGUAAUGACUCUAUUUUAGUUCAAACUGUUGGUGGGGAGCCAUUUUUAAUUUCAGAUAUUAAAAAAGAAUCAUUUUCUUAUAGAUGGGAUAAACCCUUAUAUCACCCAUUUUUAACUUAUCAAUGUAAAAAUAAUUUUGCAAAUAUUACAGCAAUGACCUUAUCGUCUACCAGCACAAUUAAAAAUAAUAGUAGUAAUAGUACAAAUAAUAAUAAUAGUGUAUUUACAAUUUUAUCAGGAUCAAUAUUUGGGGUUGAUGAAGAGAAAAAUUUUGACCAUGAAACAAACAUUGCAAUAAACCCAAAUGAAAUUCCAUCAUUCAAAUCUUCUUUUGAUAGAGCCAACUCCAUCAUUUAUUCAUAUAUAAAAGAAAAAGAUAAAGAAAAUUAUUAUAUAGUUAUAACAGAUUUAAACUUUAAAAACAUUACUUAUAAUCAAAUAAAUACCGGGUUAGAUUUUACUACAAUCAGCCUAUCAGCAAAUAAUAACACAAUAGUUUUAUCUGGAUAUGAUCAAAAAUCAAACACAACAAAAUAUUAUAGCGUAAUAAUAAACAAUGGCACUGCAUCCCAAUUAAACUCUUCAACAACAGAUAUUAAUAAAAAUUCUAAAUCAAAUUUAAAUGCUUCAAUUAAAUUAUUACUAGAAAAACCUAUUAAAAUUACAAAUACUAUAAAAUCAUCAAAUUCAAACUAUUUAUUAUCUUAUUCAAGUAUUUCAAAUAAUUUAUUAGUUUUCAAUAUUGCAACAAUGAAAUUCAAUAUUUACAAUAUUACAAUUAAAGGUGUUCAUAAAGAUAUAUCAGAUAAGAAUGAUGACUACGAAUCCUUUUUAAUCCAAGAUAUGUUUGCAAGUGGUGGAAAGCCUCCAAUUACCAAUACAACUUUAUCAAUUGUAAAUAAUAGUCCAGCUAAAAUAUAUCAUAGAAAAUCUUUAAUAAUCUUUGUAGUUUGUAUUGGAUUUGCCGUGUUGCUAUUCGGAUUUUUAGGGUUUUAUGUAUAUAUUAGAAAGCGUAGAAAUAAUAGAUUUAAAAAAAUUUCAGAAAUAAAGGAAAACAAAUACCCAGAAGAUAAUAUUACAAUUUUAUUAAAAAACUAUAGAUAA